CACCCCCCUUUGCGUUACGAAGUUUACGAACGUCCCCUAAUUACUCGGAGUGAAAGUUGUCAUAAUUUCGUAUUAACGCGAAUCAGUCGGGAGCAAAUUCCGGAUGGUGGUGUAGGUUUACUAGCUCUUCAGAAACAUCGUUAGUAUUAACGAUAACGUGAUAAAUAUAUUUUCGAUACUGAUUACUUUUGAAACACAAUUGGAGCACUUAUUUAGCAACGUCGUCCCAGACGGCGUUAUUAACUAUAAAAGUUGUACUAUUAAACUCCUGUAACUAUAAAAGUUUGAUUUGAAUGAGGAAUAACCGAACCGCGGACUGGCCCCAAAAAAUUAGGGACUAAUGUUAAGUCGUCAAGAAAAUUUGGCAGGCUUGUGAACCACUAUUUUUAAUGACGACGACAUAAAACAUUGAACAUAUCAUUUGAGUGCGAAAAUCUCAGUAGUUCAAUUCCUUUUCUACUAUGUGCCCACGGAUGGACGGAUUCACGACAGAACGUUAACAUGCAUAAAAAGGUGUUCGUCGUGAAAUACCGGCAAAUGUCAGGCCCGCUUGAUGAUACGUUUGUUGACGAGAAAGUCGAAGAAAUAGAAAUGCGAUGAUGAUGAGAGGAGGAGAGAAGAGCUGAGCAGAUACCAAUGGUACAGAUAAUGAGUGAUAGCGGACAUUGCUCCAGAAAUAGGGCCGAAAGAGCUUCCCUUGAUGGUAAACCUGAAUAUCCGGACUCUACUGCAGUCUCCGCUACGAACCAAAUUUCAAAUAUUGCGCCACCAUUAUUCCCUAGUCCCGCUCUCAGCUCUCACCACGAGGACGUGGUGGACGGGCCAGAGGAUGAGGAAUACGAAAAUUAUAGUCUCACAGGGACUUCCCGAGACUCCAUCUUGCGGGGGGAGGAAACCAACAAUAACUUGAGCGACUCUGAUAAAGGAUUUGUGGCUGAUCCUUGGGCCGUCACAUCCUCCUUUGUACCCCCACAGUUCGACAAUGAUACUGACGAAGAUAACCAUCCACUCAACGUGGAUACUCCGAAUAAUGCAACGAACGUAUUGGAGGGAUAUGUAAAUCAUGUAAAUCUUUCUUCAACAUUCCAUUCGCAAAGAUCUCCACCUCCUGCUACCUCUAGCGGUAGGAACUACAGGAGUUUGGCUUCAAAAAAGAGACACAGGAGUAAAAAGUCCAGGACGGGUUCCUCCUCUUCGGGUGGGAGCACUAUUUCAAAAAGGUCUACGCAGUCACUACAACCACGGAGGGCUACGCUAGUUCAUACAAGACGAAGGAGUACGCAGUCAUCCGGCGCCGAACCAAAGCGCAGAAUGGAUGCUGACAUAAAUGGCAUUACUACUUUAGUUGAACCUCGAGCUCAUCAAGAGGAAUCUGCGCGUAGUGGUCCCACUGUUGUUGAAACUGAAACUCCAUCGACAUCCACAAUCCCUUACUGCUAUAGAUGUUUCUUAAAAUUUGCCAAAUAUAGUCACUGGAAAAAACAUGCCAUUUACGAACAUAUUCUCGCCAAGAAUCCGUACCCAAUUGUUGAAAUGAACUACAUUGACCCUGCCUCUCUGGGAAUUGAAGUUGUGAAUCCUAAUGUUAUUGAGGACCAUGAGGAAGACGCCACAUAUGGAGCGAUUACAUACAUUGGGGUGGAAGAGGGAAAUUGUAUAGAUGAACUCGGAGGAAGUACCUUAAUAUCUGAAGACUCAACUUUAGGAGGACUCAAGUUAUGCAUUGGCAGGGAGAAGGGUGCUUACGUUGUUAAAAGGAAGAGUCUUGGAAGUUUAGAAAGCAAUACUGAUGAUAAUGGCCCUCCACCUCCCCUGGUUGAGGAAUCCCCCUCAUCCCCACAACAACAAUCCCAAUCCACGGGCCCCUCCGACCUAUUGCAUAAUAAUCCAAUGCCCAUUAUAGUCAUGCCCAUGCUUAUGCCAUGCUCUACAAAAUCACCGGAAACAAUUCUGUCGUCACCACCAAAAUCGAAUGUUCCGCAGCGCGAGAUGGUAAAUCUCGAAGCUCAGUAUCGCUCAAUGGUCUCCAUUGAGUCCGAGCUCGAGACUGUUUUCAGUGGUGAGAUGGACGAGUUUGAACAGGCGUUGGAGUUUGCGAUGGAAAGGUCACGCAUAGCAGCUGGAAGCCCUACUCUGCCAAAACCGUUACCUACUGCAGGAAGUGGUGGCGUUGCCAUUCCCGGUGGAGGCGUUCGACUUUUACCUCCUUCAGAUUUGAAUUAUAAGAUGAUCUCUGAAGAUGUUCCAGUCAUCAGCCCAUCCAUUGCCGUUGAGUCGUCGGACGAUAUUGAUGUGUCAGAGGCUAAUUUAAUCAAGUUAUUGACAACUGGCACAACUCCUGUUAACGUUGAAGGAUCAAGAAUACCUACAGCUUCAUCUCAAUUGCAUGAACCAAGCCUUGUGAUUGCAAAGAAGCCUUGUGAUGAACCCGGUGAUGUAGAUCCUAAAGCGAGCAAUAAGGGUUGUAAUGGCAGCAGCACCAGUAAGGAUUUGGAAAAUCCUGAUGAAGAAAAUGUGGAAAAAAGCACAAAUUCCACCACCAAAGAUGUUCAAACCAUUGAAGGACAGGAUGAAUCAGAAGAAAGAAAAGGUAGUAGUUUGAACGGGAAAGAGUCAACUGCAGAUUCACAAAACUUAGAGCUUGCCAAAGAAAAGGACGCGGAUCUCUCCAAAAGGGAAGAAGUGAAGGCAUUAGUUGAACCGACGCGAAUAUUGCCAGAUGGAAGUGAUAAUGAAGCGGAUGACUUUGAGUGUCAAGUAUGUCACAAAGUGUUCAUGUCUGAUGACGAACUCAGAGAUCAUUUUAGUGAAGAUCAUUUCCGUCUUGCGGAAGGCGUUGGCAUCCUUGAGCCGGAGAGUCCGUACCCUCCACCACAAACUCCCCAGCACCAGUCAAAUUUAUCUGCCCGUGAUGCAUCCGAAACUGAAAGGGGGUCUUCCCAGUCUGAAGUUUUGCAUAAGUCUGUUACAUCACCAUCUUCAUCGUCACAUUCACAGCAAACUCAAGCUCAUUCGUUAAUAAAUGUAAACGGACCCGGAAGGAGCCAGCCCCCUUCUAGCUCGAAUAUGACUGGACGACCAUCUACGGAUAACACUGGUGGUGUGGGUCGUUCACCUUUCGGGGCAUCAACACAAGGAGAUUUACAAAACAUUCUGUGGAGGAAUCAAGCCAAUGCAGCUGCUGCUCAUGCCCAGCAGCAACAACGGGGUCAGGGGAGUGUUGUCGCUUCUGGGUUUCCUGGUGUUCCGAGACCUAUGGGACAAAGUCAAGGACCGGGCGGCCAACAAAAUAUGGGAGGAAUUUCCUCUCGAGCUCCUGGUCCACCUAAUCAGUCCAUUAUUGCCUGCCAGCCUGUGCAUCACUACACCAGUAACCAACCUCGAGCUUCAUUUGGUAUGGGAGGUCAACAAGGGCCGCUCCAUCCUCAACGACUGUCGAUGCAAUCGGGCGCACCUCACCACCGCAUCUCUCCCCCUCAUUAUCCAAUGUCCUUACACAAUGCAUUGACAGGCGUGUCCGGACCACCAAAGUACACACAGGCUACAAUACCACAUCGGACUGGUACAAUUCAACAAAGGCCAUCCCCCCCACCACCAUCCGGUCAUAUUCGACAAAUUCAGUACCAGCAACAGCAGCAGCAGCACCAACAGCAACAAAACGCAAUUCAUAGUAGUAAUAUCCCAAAUUCUGCUCGAGUUCCAACUAUGCCACUGUCAUCAACCAUUGGGAUGAAUCAACAGGUUAUUAAUCAAAUGAAUGCUGAACGUGAGCUGAACAAUCCGUUUCAACAGCGACUUCAAACCCAUCAAAUAAACCCCAUACAUCAAUCAAUGCCAAGAUUACAUCAAAUCCCCCAGCAAAGAAUUUUCCAACAGCAUCACAAUCAGCAACAACAACAACAGCAAUAUCAACAGCAACAGUAUCAACAGAAUAUUAACAACCGAGUGGGACAACUUGCCCAAAAAAGACCGGCAGCACAAGGAUUGGGAUCAUCUAUUGAAAUUAGUGAAGUUCGUCCCAAUAAGGAGCCUCGUGUCGUCGUAGAUAAUCAACUCCUUAUCCAACGCCAAGUUCGACCAGCAGAAAUUAGACCUACUCAAGUAAAUCACAACGUGGCUGCGGCGAUUGGCUCCGUUGGCAGUGCUGGUGUCAAUAGUGUCCGUCUCGGUAAUUCUAUAACCUUGAGCGUGUGUCCAACAAACUCGACGCACAAUUCUCCUGCUACGUCCCCUGCCUUGCAAGAUUUAGGCUUAAAACAGUCAUCACGAAGUUCAUCCCCUGCUCAAGCCCACCACUCAGUGUUGGCUGUCCGAGGAGUCACAGUGACGCCAGCUUCUCCCCCUAUCACUGGUAUUUCUCCAGUGUCAAGUCCAAGUCCGUCACAUAGUCCGGUAGCUUCAUCAUUGACCCAACACCAAAUUCAACAACAGCAGAAAGCUCAGGCAUCUGUCAUUCAACGUGGACCGACUUCAAUGUCUCCCCCGCGAGAAAAUCCUCCAAGAGACGACAACUUUUCUCCUCCAGUCAUCUCCACUGUGAGAGGAAAUGUUCAACCAGCCACAACUCAAUCCAUUCCACUGCAGCAGGCAGCAGCUUCUCACAAUUUUGCAAUUCCUCGACCUCCACCCCCAAUCCAUCGAAUGCAAUAUUCUUCCUCCUCUUAUGGGAUGGGGGUGACCGUGAACUCGACUGCACAAAGGCCUGACCGCCCUCCCACUGUUGACUUGACGGAUGACGAUGUUCAGACCCAUGCUCAGCAGAGAAUUAGUGGAGUUCCCCAAAAUCAUCAGAUGAUGAAUCCACCACCCAUUCGUCGAUUCGUAGCAGCACAAGCUGCCACUUUCCCCCAACAAAGGUCAUCAACAACAAUGGAUCGAUUGCCAAGCUGUAAUAUUUGCGGAUUAAUGUUCCCAUCUAUUUUAUCGCUGGAUACCCACAAAAUGUCUAAUCACGCGAUUCCACGAUCUAACCAGCAUCCUCCUCCUCCUGCCAAUGUAACGUCCCCAACAAAUGGAGGAACUCGUCCGCAACAACCAUCGCCGGUGAGAAGCGCGUUGACCAUGAGCAGACCAAUGAUAAUGCCAGGUCAUGGUGCUCAGCCAUCUAUUGUCCGUGCGCCACAAGUCCCUGGCUCUGUCUCCAUCCUGAGAAGUCAUCAGCCUACAUCAUCGCAAAUUCGGUCUCAGAGUCCAAAUCGUCCAUCCAUCUCCAACAGCCCGGUCAACAACAAUGGAAAAUACUUGUACAUUCCACUUUUAGACAUGGGACGCAUGGAUGCCAACAAAAUGAGAAAGCUUGAAGAAAUCGGAAUUACUUGUGUAGUUCCACUCCAGGGAAACAAUACAAUGACACAGAUGGGAAUCCCUAUUAUGUCCCUGAGGGGCGACAUGGCUAUUAGUCAACAUGUUCCGUGGGAUUCGGUAUUGCCCAUGGGACCCAUAUCUCAGGCCACCUUGAAUGAACCAGGAAAUGGAAAUAAUCGUAUUAAUAGUUUUAGCAAUAAUAAUAAUAAUAAUAAUACGAGUAGUAAUAACAAUGGAGGUGCGAGUUUCUAAAAUUAUUCGUUGCCUCGUUCGUGGGUUUAAGUCAACGGGCCGACUUGGAUGGAAUGUGUUUGCUUUACGAUAAAGUUAAUCAGGAAUUGAUGAAGCAGGAAUUAAAAUAAUCAGCAAGAUGAAGAUGCUGACGAAUAUAUCACUGGAACAUUCAUUCCUUGCAAGUGAAUUUUCUGUCCAGCGUUUUCAUCUCAACAAGAAUGUGUCAACUUGUGUGUAAACAUUUCGUUCGCUCGUCCAACAAAUAGGACAGGUCCAGAAUUGAAAUAGUUUUUAAAAGGGGACCGACUAUAAAUUUACUUUUCAUGUGUUCAUCACAUAUUCUCUCUUGAUUCAGGGUCUCACUUGACAAAGACAAUUUAUUAUUAUUAAGAAAUGUCCAAUAAAGUUAGAAAGUGCGGCCGGAAUUUUUUGUCGCUCGAAACGAGGUCUCCCAAAAUGGAUUGUGAGAGCUGUGCAAGUUUGAAUACUCACUCACACAUGAUGCCGACGUUGGUCAAAAAAUGAAUGAGCUAACCGAUUGCUUGAACAAAGGAAAGAAUAUGGACAAGAAAUGUAUUCUGCAUUUAUUUACUUAACAUGGCUAUUGAUUUUUAUAGAUAUGUAAUAUAGAGAAUGUUAGAUGAAAUAAUUUAUGAAGAGGGAAAUGUGUCACAAAUGAUUGUUUUCAUAAUCAUUGUUUUAAUCAUAAUGGAACGGUUUGAAUUUUCCUCGUUGACAUUUAUGUUGUAAAAUUAAAUUGUAUAAAAGCAGUUGUAUGAAACCAAUCAUUGUGAUAAGCUAUACAACACAAUCUACUAUAUUAUCUGCACGAAUGCAAUAUUUAUGAUCGAAAUAUUUUAUGUUUGUAGUAUGGCGCGGUUGAAGUUUUAAUUACUCUAAUUGGUGUUGUACUAUUAUUGACAUGUUUUACUUUAUUAAUUAAAAUAGAAAUUAAAGUAAAUAAAAGGGCAACUUUUUUUACGAGAUACCAAACAUAAAAUU